UUUGCAUGCAGGCCCCCCUGAGAGCCCUGUCCCCAUAGGGAGGGAUCUGCUGUGUCAUGCCCAGACCCAGGGGGACACAGACAGCCACAGAGCUCCCAAAGCUUCCAGACCUCAGGCCCCUGGCCAAGGAACCACCCAGCCCCCCAAAGUGCCCUAUUCCCAGGCAGGCUGAGACGCCACAACCCCCACCCCAGGACUGUCCCCACCCCAGCAGCAGGGUGGAAGCCAGGCAGGCCGGUGGGCCACUGUCCUGGCUGGUGGGCAGGCCUGUGGGACCCUGCCAAGGCUGCCCCUGGACCUGCAGAUGGAGUCACCCUUGCAGUCCCCUCCUGACUGCAGAUGGUUCCUCCCCAGGGCUGGAGAGAUGUUCCUGUGCCUACUCCCCGGGAAUGGGGUAGGUGCCGAGGGGCUUGGGCAGAAGCAGGUAACAAGGUUGUGGUCAGUGGCUGCUCAAAGCCUGCCUACCCAGGUCACUGGCAGCCAGAGAGCCUAGUGGCAUCAGGAUAACAGAGUCCAAUGUGUGGACACCUUGGGCCAAGGGAAGUGUAGAUUCUCCAGGGGCCCCUGGGCUUGGCAGGUGAGGUUAGGUCUUUUGCUAAACAAAUCUCCACCCCUCCCAGCCCCGACUCACCAUAUCUGGGCCCCACCCAGCUCAUCUACUUGCCAUCCCUGCCAGAAGCUGCCACCUGCCAUGUCAGGCCUGGCUCUCCUGGGCCUCUCCGCUCUGCUGGGCCUUGGGGCCGGGGCACCGCUGUGCCUGUCCAGGCAGCUCAGGAUGCAGGGGGACUACGUGCUGGGCGGGCUCUUCCCCCUGGGAUCAGCUGAGGACGUGGGUCUCAGCAACAGGACACAGCCCAACACCACGGUGUGCACCAGGUUCUCGUCUCUCGGCCUACUCUGGGCACUGGCCAUGAAGAUGGCCGUGGAAGAGAUCAACAGAGGGUCCACCCUGCUGCCGGGGCUGCGCCUGGGCUACGACAUCUUCGACACAUGCUCAGAGCCCGUGGUCGCCAUGAAGCCCAGCCUGGUGUUCAUGGCCAGAGUGGGCAGCUGCGACAUCGCCGCCUACUGCAACUACGCGCAGUACCAGCCCCGCGUGCUGGCCGUCAUCGGGCCCCACUCGACUGAGCUUGCCCUCGUCACUGGCAAGCUCUUCGGUUUCUUCCUCACGCCCCAGGUCAGCUACGGUGCCAGCACGGACCGGCUGAGCGACCGGGAGGCCUUCCCGUCUUUCUUCCGCACGGUGCCCAGCGACCGGGUGCAGGCGACAGCGGUGGCGGAGCUGCUGCACAGGCUCCGGUGGAACUGGGUGGCCGCCGUGGGCAGCGACGACGAGUAUGGCCGGCAGGGCCUGAGCCUCUUCUCCAGCCUGGCCAACGCGCGGGGCAUCUGCAUCGCCCACGAGGGUCUGGUGCCGCUGCCUGGCGCCCACGGCCUGAGGCUGGGCUCCGUGCAGGGCCUGCUGCACCAGGUGAACCAGAGCAGCGUGCAGGUGGUGGUCCUCUUUUCCUCCGCCUGGGCCGCCCGUGCCCUCUUUAGCUACAGCAUCCGCAGCAGGCUCUCGCCCAAGGUGUGGGUGGCCAGCGAGGCCUGGCUGACCUCGGACCUGGUCACAACACUGCCCGGCAUGGCCCAGGUGGGCACCGUGCUGGGCUUCCUGCAGCAGGGGGCCCCGAUGCCCGACUUCCCGUCCUAUGUGCGGACCUGCCUGGCCCUGGCCGCUGACCCCGCCUUCUGUGCCUCACUGGACUCAGAGCAGCCCGGCCUGGAGGAGCAGGUGGUGGGGCCACGCUGCCCCCAGUGCGACCACAUCUCGCUGGAGAACGUGUCCUCCGGCCUGCUGCACCACCAGACCUUCGCGGCCUACGCGGCCGUGUACAGCGUGGCCCAGGCCCUGCACAACACGCUGCUCUGCAAUGCCUCAGGCUGCCCCACACAAGCACCCGUGCGGCCCUGGCAGCUCCUGGAGAGCAUGUACAACCUGAGCUUCCGGGUGCGCGGCUGGCCUCUGCGGUUUGACACCAGCGGGAACGUGGACAUGAGCUACGACCUGAAACUGUGGGUGUGGCAGAACCAGACGCCUAAGCUGCACACUGUGGGUGGCUUCAAUGGCCGCCUGACGCUGCAGAUGUCCCAGAUGCGCUGGCACACUCCAAGAAACAUGAAGCCUGUGUCCCAGUGCUCAAGGCAGUGCAAGGAGGGCCAGGUGCGCCGGGUGAAGGGUUUCCACUCCUGCUGCUACGACUGUGUGGACUGCAAGGCAGGCAGCUACCAGCGCAACGCAGAUGACCUCUUCUGCACCCAGUGUGACCAAGACCAGUGGUCCCCAGACAGGAGCCUGCACUGCUUCCCCCGCAGGCCCAAGUUCCUGGCGUGGGGGGAGCCGGCCGUGCUGCUGCUGCUGGCGCUGCUGGGCCUGGCACUGGGCCUGGUGCUGGUGGCCCUGGGGCUAUUCAUCUGGCACCGGGACAGCCCCCUGGUUCGGGCCUCGGGAGGGCCCCGGGCCUGCUUUGGCCUGGCCUGCCUGGGCCUCGUCUGCCUCAGUGUCCUCCUGCUCCCUGGCCGGCCCAGUCGCGCCAGCUGCCUGGCCCAGCAGCCGCUGCUGCACCUGCCGCUCACUGGCUGCCUCAGCACCCUCUUCCUGCAGGCGGCGGCGAUCUUCGUGGAGUCAGAGCUGCCGCCGAGCUGGGCAGACCGGCUGCUCGGUCACCUGCGUGGGCCCCAGGCCUGGCUGACAGUGCUGCUGGCCAUACUGGUGGAGGCGGCACUGUGCACCUGGUACCUGGUGGCCUUCCCACCGGAGGUGGUGACAGACUGGGGGGCACUGCCCACAGAGGCGCUGGUGCACUGCCGCGUGCGCUCCUGGGUCAGCUUUGGCCUGGUGCACGCUGCCAACAGUGUGCUGGCCUCCCUGUGCUUCCUGGGCACCUUCCUGGUACACCACCAGCCUGGCCGCUAUAAUGGCGCCCGUGGCCUCACCUUUGCCAUACUGGUCUACUUCAUCACCUGGGUCUCUUUUGUGCCCAUCUUUGCCAACGUGCACGUGGCCUACCAGCCUGCUGUGCAGAUGGGUGCCAGCCUCCUCUGCGCCCUGGGUAUCCUGGCCACCUUCCACCUGCCCAAGUGCUACCUGCUGCUGCGGCAGCUGGAAAGCAACACCCCUGAGUUCUUCCUGGGAGGGGAUCCUGCUGGCAGUGCCAGAGGGCAGGGCAGCAGUGGGGGUGGAGAAGUGACUCAGCAAAAACAAGUGGCGCAUGACGCAGUAACCUCACCCCAGUGACCCCAGACCUAGUCUCUAUAUAGCAACCCCCAGACUGCCGGACUCUGCCGAGACACCCCCCCCUCCCUAGAUUCUGACCCAGGCUGACUGCUGCCCUUGACCUGAUGACCCCUGGGCCUGCACUGGGCAUGAGGGGGCUCGGCCCUGUGAGAUGUCACCUCUUGGUGCCCCAGUCAGGCUCUGUCCUUGCCCCGCUAAGGCCCGCCCAGUGACCCAGCUAGAAGGAGGCCUAGAGAGGGUUCCUC